AAUAAUUUUUUACCAAAUAUGGAUUUGGAUUUUGUUAAAUUUUGUUUUUCUGUUUUUUUUUUUUUUUUUUCUUGGUUUGUUUGUAGGCUCUUGAGGGUAAAAUAAUCACAUUUCUGAAGAAUGAAAUGGAAAAGUUUAAGAAAAUUUUACAAAAAGAGAAAACUCAAUACUUUGUGAAGGACUUUAAUGAGAAUAGAUGUAGUAUCAAAUCAGCAGCUCUUGAUCUCACACUACACUACCUGAGAGAGAUGAAGCAAGAUGAAGCUGCUGAUACUCUAGAAGAUGAACUGUUGUUCAGUUAUCAGCUAAAGUCUAACCUGAAGAAGAAGUAUCAGUGUGUGUUUGAAGGAAUUGCAAAGCAAGGUGACUCCACACUUCUGAACAACAUCUACACAGAUCUCUAUAUCACUCAGGGUGGUAGUGAACAGGUCAAUACUGAACACGAGGUCAGACAGAUUGAAGUUGCUUCCAGGCGUCAUGAAUCACAAGAGAUACCAGUUCACUGCAAAAAUUUGUUUGAAGCACAUGAACAAGACAAGAAGAUCAAAACUGUGCUGACAAAAGGAGUUGCUGGCAUCAGAAAAUCUGUCUCUGUGCAAAAGUUUGUUCUGGAUUGGGCUGAAGGAAAAGAAAAUCAAGAUAUCAGCUUCAUAUUUCCUCUUCCAUUCAGAGAGAUGAACUUAAAGGAGAGAGAAAAACAAAGUUUGAUGGGUCUUAUAACUCAAUGUUUCCCAGAUACAAAAGGACUGAACCUUACAAGAAGAAAUCAAUUCAAAGUCUUGUUCAUCCUCGAUGGAUUGGACGAAUGUCGCCUUCCUCUGAAGUUUAAUGAUAAUGAGAUAUGGCAUGAUGUAUCAUCACCAGCCUCUCUGGAUGUUCUUCUAACAAACCUCAUCAAAGGAAAUCUGCUUCCUUCUGCUCUCAUCUGGAUCACCACCAGACCAGCAGCUGCCAGCAAGGUUCCUCCUGACUGUAUUGACCAGCUGACAGAGAUACGAGGAUUCAAUGAUGCACAAAAGGAGGAGUAUUUUAGAAAAAGAUUCACAGAUGAGAAAAUGGCCAAUGAAAUCACUGAUCAUGUUAAACAAUCAAAAAGUCUCUUUAUCAUGUGCCACAUCCCAGUCUUCUGCUGGAUUUCAGUUACUGUUCUUCAGAACAUUUUAGAGGGAAAAAUAAAUAAUUAUCUGAAAAAAGCUGAUGAGACACUACAAGAAACAAAUACUGAAGACUCUCCCAAGACUCUGACAGAAAUGUACACACACUUUCUCCGCUUUCAGAUCCAGCAGAGCAGGCGAAAGUAUGAUGGAGAAUACACACAAGAUGUUUCCUGGGAUAAAAAUGCCAUUCUUUCACUGGGGAAACUGGCAUUUCAUCAGCUGGAAAGAAACAACGUGAUCUUCUAUGACACAGACCUGGAAGCCUGUGGUGUUGACGUUUAUAAAGCAUCAGUGUACUCAGGCAUGUGUACCCAGAUCUUUAAGGAGGAAAGAGGGAUCAUUCUUGGUACCAUGUACUGCUUUGUUCACUUGAGCAUUCAAGAGUUUAUUGCAGCCCUUUAUGCACAUCUGUUUCUAGACAUCAAUAAGAAAAGUGUGUUUGUUGACGAGUCUACAGAACAGGAAAACAAAAAUAAAGCCAUGACAGAUUUGCUCAAGACUGCAGUGGACAAGGCGCUCAAAAGUGACAAUGGACAUCUGGACCUUUUCCUUCGCUUCCUCCUCGGUCUGUCGCUCCAGUCCAAUCGGCGACUCUUACGAGGUUUGUUGACACAGCAAGACGGCAGUGACCAGAGCAAAAAAGAAAUCGUUCAGUACAUCAAGCAGAAAUUUGAAGAUAAUCUGUCUCCAGAGAGAUCCAUCAACCUGUUCUACUGUCUGAGUGAACUGAAUGAUCAAACUCUGGUAAAAGAGAUUCAGACCCACCUUAGCAAAGGAAGUCUCUCAUCUGCUGACCUUUCACCUGCCCAGUGGUCUGCUUUAGCCUUUGUGUUGUUGACAUCAGAGGAAGAGCUGGAGGAGUUUGAGCUUCAGAAAUUCAAGAAAUCAGACGAGUGUCUCAUUAGAUUAUUGGCAGUCAUCAAAACCUCCAAAAGAGCUCUUUUAAAUGAUUGUAACUUAACAGACAGAAACUGUUCAGCUCUGGCUACAGUUCUUGGAUCAGAUACCAGUCUGAAAGAGCUGAACAUGAACAAUAAUAAUCUGCAGGAUUCAGGAGUGAAGCUGCUCUGUACUGGACUGAAGAGUGUAAAGUGCAAAUUGGAGAUACUGAGACUCUCAAACUGCAGUAUAACAGAAGAAGGUUAUAAAGCUCUAGCUUCAGCUCUGAGAUCAAACCCUUCAUACCUGAUAGAGCUGGAUCUCACGGGAAAUGAUCCUGGACAAUCAGGAGUGAAGAAGCUCGAUGAUUUACUACAGGAUCCAAACUGCCAACUGAAGACACUGAGGUUUUUAGGUCCUGCUGCAGAUGAAGCCUGUCAGUAUGUGAAAACAGUUGUGGGUAAAAACCCGUUACUCCUGAGAGAGCUGAAACUGAGUGAACAUAAACUAGGAGACACACGAGUGAAUCAGAUCGCUGCUCUACUGCAGGAUAAACACUGUCAACUCAACACACUGAUUCUGUGUAGAUGCAGUAUUACAGAGGAACAGUGUCUCAUCCUGUGUUCAGCUCUGAAAUCAAACCCAUCACACCUGAGAUAUCUGGACCUCAGUGAGAAUAAACUAGGAGACUCUGGAGUGAAAAACCUCAGUGAUCUACUGAUGAACCCACAAUGCAAGCUGAAAACACUAGAGUUAGUAUCAUUACAGCAGUUACAGUGGGAUGAAAGUUCACUGUUUAGUUUAUUUUAAGACAACAGGGCUCAAGUAAUAGUGUUUAUAGCUCUGCACCUUCUGUUACACUUCUUAUUAAAUGUCUUUUAACUAGUACACUACCAGUCAAAAGUUUGG